CUGCCCGCCUCGUGGGUUUCCCGCUCGCCAUGGCUCUCACCAAAGAGCACAUGGACCAGUGCUUCAACCAGAUGAUGGAGCGGAUGGGCCUCGUCUCGUCCGAGAUACUCGCUGUUCGGAGUUCCCUCGCCACGACUGAUCAAUCCGUUCAAGCUCUCACAGCGCGUGUUGCCAUACUAGAGUCCUCCGCCACCGGCUCCCUCAACGCCGCCGCCGAGGCCGCCCUCCUCGCCAAGGUCGACGCGAAGAUGGCCAAGCUCGAGGGUACCUCGUCUCCGCCUACGCCCAAGAUCUUCGCCCUCUCCACUUCCGAUUCCAUCAUUUCUGCGUCCGCCGAGGAGUGCAGCUCUUUCAUCAACGCCGUGCGUCAGAACCCGCUUCUCAUUCAAUGGCAAGAUCCCAGGACAAUGGAAAAGAUCUCGCUCAAAGCUCGUCACGACCAAAGUGUUGGCACUCGCAAGAAACAGCGAGUGAUGGGCAACAUGUGGGAAGCUGUUCUUGCAGUUCUCAAACGCCACUCCAAGUGGACCCAGGAGUUCAAGCUUGGGACUGAUGGCCCUCGCGGGCUCUUAUUCGCGCAGAACGUUGUCGACUGCUGGGAGCUCUUCCACCUGUCUCCCAACGCCACGGGCUCGUUCGACAUCAAGCCGUGCGUAUCCAACCUCAUCGAGUGGGGCUUCGACGAAGCUCAGUACACCAGCAUCAUCGCCGACACGCUGCAGAAGGUCGCCCAGGAAGACGCUGCUCGCGUCGAGUGA